AUGGCUGCGAAACCGAAGACCGUGCCGACAACAGGAACAUCAAAUAAGCCAUCCUCCGCUCAUGGCGAUUCAUCGUCUUCGGACGACGCAUCCGGAAAACAAAAACAAAGACUUCCGUCAAAGACGAAAGUCGUUUCGGAAUAUGAUAUUACUGGAAAUACUAUAGGUAUCUGUCCCUCAGCAGACGGGGGGUUCUGGACAUGUUACGACUGUAGUGGACUGGUCACUCAAAGAGACAAACAAGGACAGGUUGUAAGGGAGAUCGACUACGAAAGCCACAUACGAGAUAUCAGUGUAUCACCAAAAACCAAGCAUCUAUGGGCCUGCUGUUUAAAGGAUAGGACUGUUAUGGAGUUAACUUCAGAGGCAACAUUUAAUGUGAAUUUCAAAACUGACGAUCAGCCAUGGUGUAUAUGUGCAACACAAGAUGGCAAUAUCCUUGUCGGAAUGGCCAAAAAAGUCACGAAAUACACUCCAGAGGGAAAAGUAGUUGUUGCCUCGAAGAAAAUCCGUUUUCCCGGAAGAAGACAGCUGAUCUGUCUCCCGUACAAGAUCGCAGAGUGUGGAGCUUCUCACAACUUAGCCAUUGUCGAGCAGGACCAGCCCAUAGACGGCGGAAAAGACGAACCACAUAUCCUAGUCAUGAAUAAGGAUUUUCAGGAAUUAUUUCGAUACCAAGGAAGCAUUCCAAAGCGUCAUUCACAAGCUGCCAAAAAGAAAAUAGAGGCAGGCUCAUUUUUCCCAUUUGAUGUGGCGUUUGAUACAACAGGUAAUGUUGUCGUAUCGGAUUAUAACAACUGUAGUAUAUAUCUGCUGAAUAACCGCGGCGAGUUUCUCAAUUUACUGUGCUCCAACUCGAAAGUGAUCAGGGGGAUUUCUGUGGAUUCUGAAAAUAGUCUAUGGGCAGUGUUUGGGUCGUUUGGUUCCCAGAAAGUGAAAGUCUUGAAAUAUAGUACAUAA